AUGGUGAAGUUCACUGCAAAGCUCAGCGAUGAUGAGAGUGACAGUGGCGCCACACCAUUUAUACAAAAGACAGCUGUGAAGGCGCUGCCUGCACCUGUGCGCCACUACGAGGAUGAAGAAGAGGAGGAAGAGGAGGAGGAGGAGGAUGCGGAAAUGACGGAUGGCUCAGGCUCAGAUGACGACUCUCGUAUGGACGAGGAUGAGCUGGAGCAUAGUCCGGUCCGUCGACGCCGGGACAGAAAAGCGCUAGUGAAAGGCCCAGACGGGGAAUAUUACCAGCAGCACGAACUUGACGGCAGCGACGACGACGACGACGACGAGUCGUAUUCGGAAACUUCUUCUGUCGCAGACUCUAUGCGGCGGUCGGCCAGUGUGCCUGGAUGGGCCCAGCAAGUCGGAGUCGACGCUCAGAAGGCGCACGUCAUGCAGGCUUCAUUAUUUCGUGUACCGGAGGAGACCGAGGCUUUGAGGAGACUGGAUGCGCAGGCACCCGGCAGACAACUCUCGCUUGCGCCGGCGCAGACUCGCGCGAGAACGGUUGACAUGGAGGAUGGAUUCAUGCCGGCGCGUUAUUCCGAACCGACUUUCCAUCACCCUUCUCGGGCAUAUGCGCGCGUCAAUUUGGCGUCUUCGUCUACGAACAAGGCAGAACGCUCGUUUGCCGAUGCAGGCCUUACCUUUGGUCGCUCUUUCCGUGCUUCUUGGGGACCUGGCGGAUCCCUUGUUCACCCUGGCAAGAUAUGCACUCCCCAGAGUUCAGCAGACGUCACCGCAAACUCUUCCAUCCUCACCAAAACUCAAGUGCCACUAGGCCUCACCUCUGACGACGAAGACGGAUUAACGUCCAAGCUCCUUCAACUGCACCUCUCCAAAUCACCGAUAGUCAUAGGAUCUGACGGGGUUCCUACGGCCGACCCUUCACCUACACUUGACUUCGCCUCCUUCGCCUCUCUAUUCCCUUCAACUGACCACUCCUUCGAGGCGCAAUUAUUCCGACUAGGACACGCGUUAUUCGACGAAUUAAACCUUGGUUUGGGUCAUUCGGUGGACGUUUCGGUUCGCGAACGAAUACAUGGCAUCCGCCGCAAAGCUGCGUUAUCCGAAUGGUUGGAAGACGCGGUGGCGCCGGUAGUGGAAGCCGAUUUGAGGCGUCUACCGGCCGAAGCUUCCGCUGCGCGCGCGUUCUCGUUUCUCAGCGGUCAUCAGAUUGAGGAGGCAUGUGAAGCUGCGCUCGCGAACGGCGAUGUCAGGCUCGCAACGCUACUGGCGCAAGCGGGCGGAGACGACGACUUCCGCGCGGACAUUGGAGAACAGUUGGAGGUGUGGCGAAAUGAUAGGGUGGACGCGCAUAUUCCCGAGGACAUACGCCGCAUCUACGGUCUUCUUGCUGGAGAAGUUGAUCGGCUGGAGGGUUCGGACGGGACGGGCGUCGAGCGCUGCGCGGAGGUGCUCAUUGCUCGCGGUCUGGACUGGAAGCGGACGCUCGGUUUGCAUCUGUGGUACUCUAAACCACUGGAAGCGCCCAUCGCCGAGGUGUUCGACGCAUAUGAUGCUCAUCGAGAAGCACACCCUGAACGGACGGCCGCCCCCAGACCCUGGUAUCUCACAGAGUCUACACUAUCGCCGUCGGCAUGGAACACGCCGAGGGAUGAUGCGCUCGACGACGCCCUGUACAACCUAAUCAGGUUAUACGCAGAUCCACAAUUCACCCUAUCAUCACUCAUGGUUCCACACUCCUUUGGACCAUCACCUGUCGACUACGCGUUACUAUGGCACAUGUACAUCAUACUAUCGCGGUGUCUCCGGGCGAAGGACUUCGGAGAUCGUGAUGAACCGGAUGCAGGGGCGAUGAGCCAGGACGGAGAUGAAGAUGAGCGGGUCGAAGGGCACAGUCCAAGCGCAGACAUUCUAGCCAGCAGUUACGCGCAUCAGCUCGAACAGGCGGGUUUGAUACAGGAGGCCGCCUUUGUGCUACUACACAUCGAGAGUUCUGUUGGUCGAGAGAAGGCGAUCAAGGAUCUGCUGGCGCGAUCUGCGCCCUUACUGGACGACUGGGUGAUGCGCGGUCUAGCUGGUAGCCUCAAGAUUCCGCUUGCUUGGGUGAACGAAGCGAAGGCAAUCUACUGUUACAGUCAAGGCGAAGUAUGGGAUGCAUACGAGUUAUACAUGCAGGCAGGCCUCUAUGGCGCGGCGCACGAUAUUGCCGUGCUGGAACUUGCGCCCGAGGCCGUGAUCCGUGACGAUCUGGAGCUUCUCGGUUCGUUAUUCACACGCAUCGCGGGGCACCCCGUUGAGGGCUGGCAUGUACGCGGCAAGGCUUACUUGGACUACGUUGAUAUUCUCACCAAGCUCCCUGAACUACGGCAACACGUCCUCGACCCAAAUACGGUUGCAGAUGCCGCACAAGCGGCAGAGAUGGAAGACCUGGUCCGCAGUAUACCCCGACUAAUCGGGAUCCUUCCCGAUGUCUUGCGCGACCGCGAAGACCCACGACACAACGUAGCGCUGGCGGAGAUGACGGACAACUUGACGCAACAGCUAGACGCAAGUCAGCCGUUGGCCCUGGGUGCGACCCAAUUACGCGUGAUACCGGCCGAAGAAGCGACCAAACUCAGGCAUCUGCAGAAUUCUGUAUCUGCGCGGUUCAUGUCCGCCGUGCAAGCCGCCGCUUGA